GUGGGCGGUGGCAUGGUGGGCGUGCUGGUGGGCGUGGCACUAGUAUCAGCAGGUGGGGCAGCAGUAAUGGUGGUGCUACUGAGAUGCCGCAAAUUCAAGAUUCUUCCUUCAGGUAGAGAUUCGUGCCCCAUGCUGAUGCGGGGCACCUGGACGAAGGGCUCCGCCACCACUACCACUACGGGGGGCGACGGUGUAGCUGGGGAGCACGGCGGGACGGAGGCCAUAAAGGGCAUCGGGGAGGCGGCCCCCGGCGGCCGCGCUGCCGGGAGCACCACGAACACCGGCUGGAGCAUGAAGCUGUGGCGACGCGGAUCAUCCCAGGAGCGGCCCCUCCGCCCCUCCUCCUCCCAGGGCUCAGAGAACUCAUACACAGAGGAACCUUACGUCAACGCUGACGCCCAGAGCGCAGUCUACGCCGAACUCAACUCCACGACAGCCUCGACGCCGGGCAGCGUGACAAGUGGCGGCGCUGCCUACCGCCCCUACUCUCUCAAUACCUACUCUGAAAUUCCCGACCCGAUGCGGCCAGUCUCGCUACGCGCCUACAUCAGCGAGAGCACCUACGAGAACGCAGGGUAUGUGAUUUCCGAGGCCGGCCUCGAGCAGCCCGAGAGUUCCGCCGGCUCCACCUCCACCCCAUCUUCCGCUUACUACUCCGAUGUGUCUUCCUCAGAGACCCACAAUAACAAAAAGAAGAAAAAGAAGAGAAAGAACGAGGAGCGAAGCAACGUGGGUCUGCAGCGAUGCCUGGAGCUCCCCAACAUUUCCUCCAGCGUGGCCAUCAUGAACCGCCACAACUUGCUAGCCGGGCGGGGAGGUGCGCCCCCCGCCAACUCUAUACACCCUCCACUACACACCCGAGAAAUCCUCCCACUAGCGCUGGAGCUCCUGCCGCAGCACCUCACCCUGGACGCCCGGGGCGGCGAGAGUGUGCUGCCGCCCCUACAGCCCAACAUGGCCGUCAUCCACACCGCCAGUCAGGUGCAGACGCUGCCCAACAAUAAAGGCCCCAAUGAGCCUAGGCCGGCGGCUUCUACUUGCCCCAGGAAUGGCGGGCCAGCUGGGGUCAGUGCUACGCUGUCAGGGGUCAGUGCCGGCGGGCCGGCCGGGGUCACUACUGGCCAGGAGGAGGCUCCUGGCGCGGCCGGUGUUCCUACUAGUAUUACCGGUCAGGGGCCGGUGGUGGCCGCGGCCCAGCCUGAGUCCCUGCCCGUCAGUUUAACCGAGGAGGGAGAGGACGAGGAUUCUUCCCACCGACCCCUGCCGCCCCUCCCCAGCAGGCAGCAGCAGGGGCCUCAGCGGCGGGGAGUGUACCUGGCUCAGAGUAAGCAGGACCAGCCCCUCCCUCCAGUCCCCUCGGAAUACGUCUAGAAUACCACCAUCUCUUGCCCAGUAGGAACGCAGAGGUCGGCACCCUCGAGGGGCCUCCCGCCGCCCCAGGCCGCCGCUGCUCCAGGACACGGUUUUUCUGAAGAGAAUUCAAGACCUUGGCGCCCAACGACGGGCGGCGGCUGAGCUGCGGCAGGUUCGCGUGGGCAGCGGCCCUGGCUGGGACCCUUCAUUACAUAUCUGUAUGUGUGUGUAUAUAUAUGUGUAAACACGAGCAAAAAUUGUAUACAUAAAUGUGUGGUGAUAUACGAAUCGGCAUUACAGACAGUGUCCCGAGGGUGCAUUCCAGUGACGACUGUAGAAAACAUACAUACUACAUACCUACACAUAUAUAAAUGGCAUUACUACUUGUACGUCCCGAUGCAGGUGCUACCGGCAGGUGAGCACCUUUAUACUAAGUGUUAGCCAGGUGUUGUUUGUGUGCAGGUGUACAUAGCCGUGUAUAAUGUGUAUAUAGGGAUGACCUCAUCCAGUGUCUCUUCUCCCUCUCGAAUUAUUAUUUUGUUCGUCUUAGUGUUGUCGUGGCUUGAACACACCUGCAGACUGGGGAUUGUGAAGCACCAAACCGCUGUGUAUUGGUGCUCAGGUGUGUAGUGACAGGUGUGUGAUGACUCCGCCAGGUGUAAAGUAAUGGCGUGUAAUGAUGAGUGUGUAGCAGGACGUGCAUGGAGACAGGUGUGUGGUGAUAUGCGUGUGUGGUGAGUGAAGUGUAGCAGCAGAUGUGUGGUGACAGGUGUGCAGCGACAGGUAACAAAAGACUACCAUAACUAUUUGCACCAGAAUCUCCCCGUAAAAUAAAACUAUAUUACCAAAGCGAUGCAUUUCAACACACGGAAUUCGGAAAAAAGGGGAAAAAAAGCAUUCAACCUGUAAUUUCGCGACCUUUCCGGAUCAAAUAAAAGCACCAUCACAAAAAUAAACCCUUGGUAAAAAAAAUUCAGGAAUAGCGAGGGAAAUAUGGAGUCAAAACUAUAUACAUAUAUACACGUACACACACGAGUAUAUGACCUAAUCUCGCUCCACUUUGAACAUUACCAGUGCAACAGUCAACAGUAUAGCGGCGCGGCCCAUCAAUUCCACAAUGUUGUGACGUCAUAGAGACCCUGCGCGUGUUGGGUACAUAGUGAGCCAGAUGACUCGCUAUAACAAAGGUGCUACACUUCGGCGGCUCUAGUGGGUAAUGAACGUGUGAGAGGGAGAGUGUGUAGGUGUAACUUGUGGGGUGUAGUGUGAGGGGUAGAGGUAAGUGGGUGUACGGGGGGAAAGAAUGCAAAAGUUUCAGUGUAGGAGAGGAUACUGAAGGGAUAGUGAGGGGAUGGCCAGGGAUGGUGAGGGGAUGCUGAGGUGGAAGAGGAGAUGAUGAAGUAAUAUGGAUGAAAGAAGAAAGUUUACAGACUGCGGAUGAAGCGAAGGACAUUUUAGGGAGUGGUUAAGGAGUGGGGUGGUGAGUAAAGGCAGGCUGGUUACUUGGCUGCUAUAUUAAUUUGACAAAGGUUACAAAACGAGGAGAAAUAAUCGUGAAAUUGUCAGAACUACACGGACAAAAUUCAAUCCACGUUCUGCCAUCAUUCUGCAACGAUCGGAAUGUCCAAGAAGUUCCAGAAUAGAUAUUGAUGAUUAUUAUUCACUCCUUCCUCAGACUAACACUCAACACACUCCUCACUCCACUCCAAACACACACAACACUCCCCACUCCAAUCCAAACACACAAACACUUCCCACUCCACUACAAACACACAAAACACUUCCCACUCCACUCCAAACACAUAAAACAGUUCCCAUUCAACUCCCAACCCACACAACACUUCCUCACUUCACUCCAAACACAUAAAACACUUUCCACUCCACUCCAAACACACACAACACUUCCCACUCCACUCCAAACACACACAACACUUCCCACUCCACUCCAAAACACACAACACUUCCAGCACCUUACAGACACUCCAACACUCCCCACUCCACCACUGACACGCAAAACAUCGGCUAACACGGGACACGCGGAUGAAAAGAGCGAUACAAGGGCUACACAGUGUCAGGUGGUGGAUGUCAUCGUAAAUCUGGCAGUUACCUGUGUUACACCUUGUCAACUUGAGACCUAAUGAGCAUCGUGUUUCACCUCCCCUGCCGGCCGCUCAGUCCACCCCGCUCACACUUCAAGGGAGGAGGGAGAAAAGGGAGGGGGAGAAAGGGGGUCUGGAGGUAGUGGAGGAAUGUCAAGGGGUUAAGACAGGGAAAGGGAAGGGAGGGAGGGAAAAAUAAAGCUCAGAGUUGCUUAAUAGUUUUAGUUAGCUUGCGGGAGGCGAGGUGCUUUUGUUUCCUAGGCAGUGAUUGGCUCCUCAGGCUGGCGGUGACCAAUGAGGAGGAGGGAAGAGCCAGUGAGUGUUGGACUGCGGAAGGGAGGAGAUGCUGCUAAUGCUUGCUAAUGUCACACUCAUUCAUCGCGGAGAGCAACAGGAAUAUGUGCAUAGCGUUAUCUAAAGUAAUUUUCUUGUUGUUGCUGUUUUUUUCCUCCCUCCAGUAAGAGUGUGCAGCUUUUUAAUCACGUUUAGCUGGCCUUGAUCAGUCUCUUUGACGUGUAAUUAAAUUAUCCAACAUUAAUAUAAACGCAAAAUAGACAGAAAAAAAAAUUAAUGAAAAAAAAAUCUGCUGUAUGUUUUUCACUUUCAUCAUAGAGACUAAUAAACGAAAAAGUGAAAAAAAAUAAUAAUGUAAAUAAACUUCGACUUUCAUGAAUCGCACACCUGCCUUCCCUCCCUCGUCCAAUCACCAGCCAGCUCGAGGGUCACGUGACUGCCGGGACCCACUCAUAGUCAACAGUAAAGUUAGCAACGGCUGUGCUGAGACUCUGCCUGUGACGAUACCUUUAUUUUUAACGGUAACCUUCCUGUACAUUUACCUGUCACACUUGGGCAGACUGCAGCGUAAGGAGGGGCCGGGAGAGGUGGCUCGGGGAGGGGCAGAGGGGAAAAGGAAAAAGGGUAAAGAGUCACUGAAGUCUUUAACCUCCUUCGGUAUCAUAACGCUUUUACAUAUUCAUUCUGGUUACUAUUUGGCGAUUUUAUACAACUUCAGAAACUUAUGUGGGGAUUAAAAAUAGUGGAGAAUCUGGCCAUUAAUCUUCUGACCUUCCUAAUGUAAAUAAAACCGUGUAAUCACACCCAAAACUCAAGGAAAAAAAAAAAAAGCGUCCCCGUACCGAAGGAGCUAAAGGCAAGGGAAACAUUUGUACACGUUAAUUAGGAAAGGGAUGUUCAAAUGUAAUUAAAUGUAUCAAUGAAUCUCAAAUGAAAUAAAAAAAAGGAAUAUUAUUUGAUGUGGAAUAAAAAAAGGAGAGGGAAUGAGUAUGAGAUAUAUAUGAAAACAUUUUGAUAUCGCCAGAUUUUAUACAGACUGAAAUAAAAACCGAAAAUAUUGGGCGACAUGAAAGGGAGAGAGAAAAAAGCAAGCAAUUCAGUUUUUCUAUUUAAAUGUUCAUCAAACCCGACUACAAACAAAAAGAUAAAUAAAAAAUACAUAGACAAAUAAAAAAAAGGAUAAAAGUGAUAAUUAAAACGACCUUUACAAUCCAAAACAAACUGUAAAUGCAACAACGAAUAAAAGGAGAAGCAACAAAGCGAAAAGAUAACGACCCUUCCCAUCUCUCCUCUCCCUCUCUCACUCUCACUCUCCCUCUCCCUCUCUGCGUCCCUCCCAGCCUCGUUCUCCUCAAGUUCAGACAUUCCCUCUGCUAACAGCCUCGUUACGCCCAUUAAGUGACAGUCUAAUGGCCACUUACGGCUUUUAUAACGACUUUCGCGGUACUGUUGCAUUAUAAAAAGGUACACGCGAAUAAAUAUAUAUUUAAAUAAAAGUCUGAUUUUUCUCUAAUGUUCAGUAACAAUGCUCGUUCCUGAGUGAUAAUGUGUGUGUGUGUGUGUGUGUGUGUGUGUGUGUGUGUGUGUGUGUGUGUGUGUGUGUGUGUGUGUGUGUGUGUGUGUGUGUGUGUGUGUGUGUGUGUGUGUGUGU